AAAAUGCUCUUUUUUCUGUUGAUCGUUGCUGCUUGUAAUGGAUUGCUUCUUAAUGGGGACGGUGGAGAUCUUCCUGACGCCUCCUUGGAUCAUCGCAUCCAAGACAUAAUGGCAGAAAUCAUCAGGCUGCAACGAGAUAUUGCUGAUUUAAACAAACAAAAUACUGAUUUAAAUAAUCAAAUCGCUACGAUGAAAGCCAAAGACCUGAGUGUUGCUUUCUUUGCCUAUCUUAGCAAUGAUAUAGUGCAUCCAUCUGCCGGUACAAAGAUGACUUUUCACGGAUUAGAUACUAACAUUGGUAGUGCAUAUGAUUCUGCAACAGGAAUAUUUACAGCACCAGUAUCAGGGACAUAUAAUUUCGCAUUCACUGCGUCCGUACCCCCGAACCCCUCUUCUCAUCUAGUCCAUAUAUUCUUGAAGAAAAAUGGAAAAAAAGAAAUGUACAUAUUUCUGGAUUACCAUACUCAAUUUUGGUUACAACGAAGUUCUUCAACUGUAUUACAUCUGAACAAAGGUGACCAAAUUUGGAUGGAAAUUGGUUCAGUUAGUGGCCAAAUUACCGUGGCGGGUUAUUCUUCCGCAGAAGAUAGAUACCAUACUCAUUUUUCUGGUUUUCUUAUUCAUAACACAAUGUUGUUUAUUUUCUUGCUAUGCUUUGCUGUGUGCGAGGGACUUCUUGUUAAUGGAGAUGGAAGCUCGGUGCCAAAUGCUGCCAUGGAGCAGCAUAUCCAGAACAUGAUGGAAGAAAUUGUACGUCUUCAGCGAGAUGUUGUGGAAUUAAACAAAGAGAUAGCAGACAUGAAAGCCAAAGAUCAAAGCGUGGCCUUCUUUGCCUAUUUGGUAAACGACCUUGUGACUCCAGCAGCCGGUACAAAGCUCGUGUUUGGAGGAACGGAACUGAACAUGGCCAAUGCCUAUGAUGCAGCGCAAGGGGUAUUCACUGCACCAACAUCAGGGACAUACCACUUCACAUUUGUUGGCUCUUCGCCAGCUCAAACUACACCACACGGACUGCAUGUCUAUUUGAAGAAAAAUGGCAAAAACGAAAUGUACGUAUUUCUGGAUGGAAACACACAAUACUGGUUGCAACGGAGUUCUUCCACUGUGGUUCAUAUGGUGAAAGGAGAUCGGGUUUGGUUGGAGGCCGGUGGGGAUUCCACUUUAGGGGGACACAGACAGUCGGACGAUGCCUAUCACUCACAUUUCUCUGGGUUUCUUAUCCAAGCUGAUUGAAGCACUAGUGAAUAAUUUUCAGUGCUCUUUUUCAAAACAAUUCAUCACUU